AGCUUAAAAAAUCAAGCUAAAAAUUACGAUGAUUUCAUCUUUAAGAAUUAAGUCUCUAUGUCUGCCCGUUCAAAAGUUAUUAAAGGUCAAAGUAGUUGGUGUAUUUGUAAGGGACUUUUACACCAACUAUUUUAAAAAUAAUUAUUUUAUUUGUAACUCGACCAUUUGUCGCAACCGUUAAGGGUAACUAGGCACUAAAAGUCAAGCAAUCGUGGCACAGAAUGAUAAAGCGUCAGAAAUAUUAUUGUCUGCAUAUCUAAAAAGAUGUAAAUAUACAUAAAUAAACGCAAUCCAUUAAAAAAAUUGCACUGGGCAUGCUAUGUAGUAAAUUGACAAGUGGGCAAUGAGUGUCAAUCAGUGUAGUACGGCCAUGGGUGAUGACGAUGUAUCCUCAGGGUCUAUCAACAUAACCGAUUGUCUCAAUCAAAUCCUAGAUUUCUCAGAAGCGCAACUGACCUGCUCCAUCUGCAGUGACUUGAUGGAUAAUGUAUGUAUACGCAAAUAUUUAAAGAAAAAUCCUGAUGAGGAACCAAUUUUAUUUUAUCCCUGUAUCGCCAUAGCCCGUGGCAGUGGCCUGCGGUCACAUAUUCUGCUCCAUUUGCAUCGAGGACUGGUUUGAAUCAAUAUUGAAUUUAAAAAUAAUUACAUUAUUACAAGUAUCAAACAUUAGGUUUCAAACGAAGGAAAAUUGUCCGAGCUGCAGAGAAGCUUGUCCGGGUGGGGAGCAUUCCGAGGGCGUUGUCGCAAUCGGCGAAUAUCUCCGCUACCUAAAACCGCUGAUCAUCUCCAGGGACAAGGAGCAGUAUCGCAGUGUUCGGAGAUCUCUCAGUGCAGUGAUUGCUCCAACAGAACGCAUGGAGGAACAACCUGGUGCUGAAGCCUCGAUAAAGUUUGAGAAAAAACGAGCUGCAACAAUGGAGAACUUUAUGAGGGAGCGUCUUUUGAGUAUAAAAACCGAAUCGGAAUACUGUUCACUUGAAGUUGCUCUCAUCCUUGUGAAAUGUGCAUUGGCCAAGCAAGAUGUGGACCAGGAGGAAUUUCUCACAGAUAUCCAAAAGUUUUCAAAAUUUCCACAAAUGGUAAUCGAGAAAUACAUGAGUCACCCCAUUAUGACAGACAUUGAUCAUCAGUAUGCUCCAAAGAUCCGGAAAAAGAAAUUCGUUUUGGAAUGGCCAACUUCUCGUUCGUGGAUACAAAUCUUGACCGUUUUGUUCUUAGGGGUUGUGAGUUACUUUACACUGGAGGGUUUGGAGGAGGAAGGAUUCAAUUUGCUGUCCGAAUCGUUGCUGAGAGCCAUCUCCCUUCUUAAUGUGUACAUUGACCUUGUACGCUACUUCCAAUAAAUUAUUAAGUAUGAAAAUAAUCAUUUAACGUCAAUAGAUAACCAUGUGUUCAAAUGCAUAUUCAACGACGAUAUACCAGUUUUUUGUAGUUACAUUCAGUUUUUAUUAUGCAUUAAAAUCUGUAAGUUAUGCAACAGACAACAAUGACAUCCAUUAUAGAAGAUGAAAAUAGAAUUCAAUCAAGUAAUCAGUCUCAAUGAAAUAAGUUAAUUAUGUUAAGCAAACUCAACCACUCUAAAAAAAUGUAAUACGAUAAUAUUAUCAUUCUUAAUAACGAUCGAUUCUUCAGCUUCUUCUGUUCAGCACACAUGCCAAUAUUGUGUGAGGGGUAUUAAUUUCUCAGCCCAUACGAUUAUACAAAAUUACUCCAGUAUCGAACAUAGAGGACCUCCCAAAAUAUAUACAUGCUGAGAAACAUUAAUAUACAUCUGUAAAAUUAUUAACUUGUAAAAAGAUUGCAUGUGAUACUAUACUAGGUACAAAAA